GUUGCCAGGUACAACACACUUCAACAGAAUGCACAGGCUUUGAAUGUGAAUUUGAGCAAUUCUGUUCUGCACAGAGCAAAGCCUGAGAUCCUGCGAGGUGUUGAACUUCUCAUUGAUAAAAUGCAGAAUGAAAUGGCUGACCUGCUUGUUGAGGUGGUGGACAUUGUACUGCAUUGCUUGGACCCUGGUCAUCUUAAGGUGAAAGGACUUACCGAAGUUUUCCCAGCCAUUUGUAGGUUCAACCAAGUUAGCCACUGUCCAAGCACACGACGUAUAGCAGUUGGAGCUAAGAAUGGACAGGUUGCUCUCUACGAAUUACGGUCACAAAAAUGCCAGGUUUCUCUCAAAUACUUGCAGAUGAUCCACGCCCACGGGGCGGCCAUUACGGCCAACACAUUCUCCCCAGACGGGAAAUAUCUGUCAACAUACAGCUGUCAUGAGAACCGACUUUCCUUUUGGCAGACAUCCACUGGAAUGUUUGGAUUGGGAAAUUCACAGACACGCUGCAUAAAAUCAUACUCCACUGCUCCAAUUGCUGAUGUGUCACGCCUGAAUCCCAUGAGACUGGCUCGUCUUAUAUGGAUUAAUAAUCGAACAGUAUCACUAAUGCUAGCUGAUGGCUCUGAAACUCGGUUUAAUGUAUGAGAAUACACCACAUAAUUAAUAUUAACAGCUAACUACAUUUCAUACUGAAAUUAAUUGUAAUAUAAUCCUAUAUCAUUCUUCUUCAUUGCUAUGAUUUCAUACAGUUGACUGCUCACAGACUGGAAGUUCUUACAGGAAAUAUUAGGAUUGCAUCAUUCGGAAUGAAGCUGGAUAUGGCUGCUAUUUAUUUGCAAUUUUUUUGUAUAUAAACUUGAAAUAAGAGUAAUAUGUAGUAUUUGGAUUCCUUAGGAUUUCUUUUAAUGUAAAAUACCACAUAAAACAUGAAAUGUAUCUAUUUACAGUAAGUUCCAGAAACUUAAGAGGGCAGAUGCAUUACAGCAGAUCAGAAACAGAAAAGAUGAAUAUAACAGUAAACAAAAUAUCUUAAUAUUUACGUAUGUUCUCAUGUUAUAUGAAUUAAAAUAUUAAUGAAAAAAAUUGUGAGAAUCUUUUCAUAUAGUUGAUUGUUCAAUAUAUGAUGCACUUUGUCUAAACGUUAAACUUAUUUAUUGGAUAGUCACAAAUAUUCAUUCAUCUGAAUUGCUGUUGUCACUUGUGUUAAAGUUGAUGAGAGUUAAUACUGUAUUUAAGUGUUAAUAACAUUAUAAUAUUGGA